AAUCUGUUUACAUCUGGAUCUCGUGUUCGCGGUUCGCAUGAAGUACAGCGGUUCACGACAAUUUUGUCAUUUUAAUUACUCAGAAUUACUAUUUUGCGUGUACGUUGUUGUGAAUAACUGAGUGAAAACGUGUACUUAUUGUUUUUGAAGCGAGGAAACCAUCAAUUUUCCGUCUAACAUCUGUUUCUGCAGAGUUUUCAACUUGUCCAAUUUGCUGGACAACUUUUAUUGAUCAUGGCCACAGGAAACCUCGAAUCUUAUGUCAGAAUAGAUGAAAAACUUCUGGAAGCUGAGAAGCCAGUUGAUAGAGAAAAGACCUGUCCUCUUCUUCUAAGGGUCUUUUGCAAUGUUGGCCGACACAACAACAUAAAUGAUUACAACAGAGGAAGCGUCCCAUCGAAUGAAUUACAGAUCUAUACAUGGAUGGAUGCUACUCUACGAGAACUUACGAGUUUAGUAAAAGAAGUGAAUGCUGAAGCUCGACAGAAAGGAACCCAAUUCAGUUUUGUUGUUGUUUCUCCUGACCUCAGAAUGCAUAGAUAUGUCUUCAGGGAAAUCGGAGUCACAAUCUCUGGACAGAAAGGCAAUGAGGACAAUAAGACACUAGGGCAAGCCAGGUUUGUCAUUGGAGACUACCUAGAUGUAUGUAUCACUCCUCCAAGGAACCAACAUUUUCCCAUGAUGCGCCGUGGACCCAUGAGGAUGCUUCACGAUUUCUAAUCCCUGUUUUUCACAGCCAUCAGGAAGUUUCCAAGCAGAAGAGGACAGGAGUGUGUCAUUCAUGGGCAGAAACUGCCGGAAAAUUAUUUGGAGAUAAUGUUUGUUGUGAUGAUACUGCUACAGCUCAGGACCCGCCAAUCUGCUGCCAUAGAUUCUGUUCGAAGUGAACCAUCAUGUCAGUUUUCCCAAAGAUGGCUUGGGGCAGGUCUAAUCAAACUUCAUCUUUUAGAAUCUAAACUCAGGUGAAAAUAGUCAAUUUUCAUUUCACAAUGAGUUAAUUCCCCCCCCUUUUUUUUUAACUACUCUAGUAUUUUAAAGGCUCACACAAAACCAAUGAGUUGAAGAAAACAGAAGUAAAAGUAAUGUCACUGUCCAAAUGAUAAAUUACUCAGUUAUACCAAUUUCCAAACAAUUUAACCGAUUUCUUGACGACCGCACGCGCUCCUGACAUUUAACUUUAGCAUAGAAUAAAUAGACUGGGUCAACAGAAGCAAAAGCUCUGUAAGAAUCAAUGUUAACAUUUGUUUUCUCAGAGUCGGUCAAUCUGGUACUUAUCGAAAGCAAUUUCAAGGUUAUCUACAAAUAUUUAAGUGGAAAAAACAUUAAAUUUCAAGCAAAUUCACAGUACUCCUCUGGUUUAGUGAUAAAUAAGUUUAAAGAAAACUCUUUCAAUUCCUAAAAACGUAUGUAUCCAUCAUUAUUCGAUCUCUCCCUAACGUUGACCUACCGCUAACGUAGACAGUACUUAUUGAAAGAGCUUCCUUUCGUUGUGCUUCAUUGACAUGAAAAUGGUGAUGGCUUGCGCUUCUGUUGGCGUUAGUCCCUGUAUUCUAUGGUAAUAUUUCAAAACCUCCAAUGAUUUUCUACUUUUGAAGAAAAUGAAAAUCCCUUCGAAUUUAUUUGCAUAUUCGAGGUUUAUAUGGUUGACAAGUGAGGAAAAUUUCAACAAUAAAUGUGAGGUAAAGUUUUUAAGGGAAAAUAAAAUGUAAGCCGCGAUUUGCAAUAUUACUAUCAGAGGUAUGCAUUUUGUGACUUCAGGAAUGGAUUUGUUACAUUUGUGUUGGAUCUGUAACAUUUUUAAAUAUUUAUCAUGCCUAGCAGGGAUUUUGAAUGCAUGAACAAGUAGUUUUAUUUGGUGUGUUGAAUACUUUAAUUUAUGCAUUGGAAAAAGGCAGAUGAAGGGUAGAGUUAAGUGAGCCCCUCUGUCCGUUGUUUAAGGGUUGACUAACUACUGUGUGGCGGUGGUUCUCUGAAUGAGCUAAUGCACCUGCAAUCCAAUCCUUGAAAAAUACUCCAAGGCUAUCAUUGACUCCGCUUAGCAUCUGCCUUUAGUUAUGGUGUUUACUUUCAAAAUUCACGUUUUACGUGACAGUUUAUGAGGCCAUCAUAUGAUUUUCUUUCUGCUGUUUUUGAGCAGUGAAACUGUUAUUAUGACUCUUUAACUUUUAAUUAUAGAUAAGACAUGGGAUAUUCUGCUCAUUUACCCAUAAUUUUGCCGCAUUUUUUUGACAGCAUUUACUGUUGAACUUUCCAGAUCUACAUUUUUAGAAAGUGAACAAGAUGAAAUAUUUUCCUCAACAUAAUUCCAUUGUAUUGCUAUUAUGUGAACACUUUUUCUAUUGGUAACAAUUUUUCUCAUUUUCAUUGACUCAAAUAGGACCGAAAAGGAUUUAUACUAUGUUUUUUUACAUCUCAUCGCAAUUAAAUUGUCAGUUUUAUUCAACUUUAA